CCGACAGCUGACAGGCUCUUCAAUUCUCUGCAAACUUAGGAGGAACAUUAACUAACCAUGUUGAAGAGAGAGGUUAAGACCUACCAGAGCCUGACUGUUACUGUACUCCGAGCAAUAAACCACUCCUCUUAUGAUUAUUUGUCUCAGUCAGACUGUUAUGUUACAGUAGGUCUCCCCACAGCAUCUGCCAGGACCCUCUGUACUAAGACUGUGCCCAACAGCAAGACCCCAGAGUGGAAUGAGAGUUUCCACUUCAGGGUCUACAGUCACGUCAAGAAUAUCGUGGAGUUGAAGGUGUACGAUGAGGACAGUUUCAUUGGCGAUAGCGAUGACCUGUGCUCCAUCAUAGUGUUUGACAUCAAUAACCUCACCCCUGGGAAGAAGGAGACCAAGACCUUCACCAGUGAACCAACCAAAGAUGAAUUGUGGGUUGAGUUUGAGUUGCUGGAGAGUAAAGAGCCUGCUGGCGAGUAUCUCUCUAAUGGUGUCCUAGUGGCCUCCCCAUUCUCUACUGUGGAUGUGAAUGUAGAAAAGCUGAUGACCACUGCCAUGGAGCAGAAUGUGGUCCUGAAACUGUGUGGGGCCUUUCCAGAAGAGCAUAAGAUUCUUGCUCCUGAGAAAACGUCCAACCUGACCAAAACCCUGCGCUACUACAUCAACAGAGACCUGGAGACAGAGCUUUGCGUGAUGGGUAAAUUGGGUGAGGUAGAUCCAAAUGUCACUGGCUUAUCUGCUGUUCCACUCCUGCACCUUCCAGCCAGUAAUGAUUUCAAAGUAUCUUUACCUGUGGGAGAGGACAUGGUGGAUCUACAUUUGAGAGCAGAGGACUGCCCAGACAUUGAAUUUGAGGUGCGUCUUGAUUUUGACGUCCCUCCAGAGGAAAAAGAAUUCCUGAAGAAGAGAAAGGUGCUAGUGGGUCAGGCCUUACAAAAGGAGUUGGGCCUCAGCUCUCCCCCUGACCCUAAAAAGGUGCCUGUUAUAGCUGUGGUUAGCUCAGGGGGAGGGACCAGAGCAAUGACCGGCCUGUAUGGCAGUCUGAAGGGGCUGCAGAGACUGGGACUACUGGACGCUGUGAGCUACAUCACUGGUGUGUCAGGCUCCACAUGGGCCUUAGCCGCCCUGUAUCAGGAAGCAGAUUGGUCACAGCGUGAUAUGGAUGAGUCCAUCUCGGCUUUGGAGGGGGAGAUCACCAAGAGUUUCCUCAGUGCCUUCACCCCUGAGAAGCUGCAGUACUACAGACACCAGAUGGCAGAGAAAGAGAAGGAGGGACAUAUGGUGUCACUCAUAGACAUGUGGGGUCUGGUCGUUGAGCACUGCCUGCAUGGGAAGAAGAACACCAGUACCCUGUCUGACCAGCAGAAGGCAGUAUCAGAGGGCCAGAACCCUUUACCCAUAUGUACUGCUGUCAACCUGAAGGACGGAGUGAAAGGCGCCACAACAGAGUUUGAGUGGUGUGAGUUCACACCAUAUGAGGUGGGCAUCCCAAAGUAUGGGGCCUAUGUCCAUGCGGAGGACUUUGGGAGUGAAUUCUACCUUGGUCACCUGGUCAAGAAACAUCCAGAGAUACGUAUCGCCUAUCUGCUUGGUCUUUGGAGCAGUGUCUUCUCUCUUAACCUGACCCAGCUUUGGGGCUUUGCAACUGGAUGUCAACCAUCCUGGAGCCCAUGGCUGGGGGAAGAUGUCAACAAAAUAGAAAUUGACAAUGAACCAAUCACCCUGGACACCUACCAUUUCAAGCCUGUCACUAACACUGCCUCAGCGCUGACCAGCUUCUUUACCAGCCGGCCAGUCAUCAGUCAGAUCUACAACUUCAUGCGUGGGUUCUUCCUGCACCGGAACUACAAUGUCAACAGCAACUUUACAUCGUGGAAAGAUAUGCAUCCAGAUGCCUUCCCCAACAGACUGACUCCAGCUGACUCCACACUCCACCUGGCGGACGCUGGGUUCUCCAUCAACACAGGCUGUCCACCUGUCUUGAGACCAGAGAGGGGUGUUGAUGUCAUCAUGUCCCUCAACUAUUCUUGGUGCAAGGACAAAUUCAAUGUCCUAAAGAGGACUGAGGUUUACUGCAAAGACCACAGCAUCCCCUUCCCCCGCAUUGACUUCAGCAGCCUGGAGGGACAGCCCCUAAAAGAGCUCUACGUCUUCGAGGAUGAGGAAAACCCCAAGGCUCCCAUAGUCCUUCAUUUCCCUUUAGUCAACAUCUCAUUCAAAAAGUUCAAGGCCCCUGGUGUGGCACGUGAGGGUGAGGAGGAGAUGAAGGCAGGGGAUGUUGGCGUUAGCUCAAGCAGCUCCCCCUACCACACCAAACAUCUGACCUACACAGCAAAGGACUUCCGGGCACUGACAGACCUUACCUCAUUCAACAUCCAGAACAACAAGGAGAAGAUCCUCCAGGCUCUCGGGAAGGCCCUCGAAAGGAAGGUGCCUGUGGAAGAAUCAGACCACCAUGAGCAACACUCAUAUCAUUGACAGGGGCCCCUCCAUGGAGGAAGAGAGAGAACAACAUGCAUACAGAUCAGAUCACACUCAUUCCAUUUAGAGCAGCAACUCUAACUGCAAUUUCUUGGUGGGACGUCCUGAGCCCUGUUUCUAAAGGUUUAAAGAGGAGAAUGCAUUUUGUUAUUUCUUUGAGUUCUUGUUUCCAAGCUCCUAGUCUCCGUAGGCUAUAGACGCGGUGUGUUGUUUUUCUAGACUGUCUUUUUUUUACAUUUUACCUUUACGAACCUUACAGUAUGUUUCAUAUUAUUAAUUGUAUCUUGUUGACUUCAUUUUAGCACAGAACUCCUGUGUGUUUAGACACACAUAGUAUUUUCUCUCUUAGAGGUUAUUCUGGAGACACAUGUAACCAUGUUAAAUCAUAUUUCUUGAAAGUAAUUGACUCUGCUUUAUUAUGUACCAUGUCUUCAAUGUAUACUGUUAUUGUUUGAAAGUUAAUUCAUUCGUGACUAAUAAAUCUAUUAGUUGAUUUGA